AUCGGUCGACUACGAAAAAAGAAAAAACCUGGAAAUUAUGCUAGCAGACACGCACACACGCACACCACAGCAUUAUGACCGGUCGCGGUAAGGGUGGUAAGGGACUCGGCAAAGGAGGCGCCAAACGCCAUCGGAAGGUGUUGCGCGACAACAUCCAGGGCAUCACCAAGCCCGCCAUCCGUCGGCUGGCUCGCCGUGGGGGGGUCAAGCGUAUCUCCGGGCUUAUUUACGAGGAAACCCGCGGUGUGCUAAAAGUGUUCCUGGAAAAUGUCAUCCGGGACGCUGUCACCUACACCGAGCACUCCAAGCGCAAAACGGUCACCGCCAUGGAUGUCGUCUAUGCUCUGAAGCGCCAGGGACGCACGCUGUAUGGCUUCGGUGGCUGAGCGCACCCGUCCACGCCCGAC